AUGGCUCCAGUCACUGCCAUUCGUGGCGAUCACACCAUGUGGCAAUGUAUGACCACAGUCAACGACGAGUACUGCCAAGUCAACGCCAUGUUUGAGUUUGGUCAGGACGACAAAGGCCGUGCCAUCAGAGUACCAAUCUUGGGAUGUCCCAAAUGCAAAUCAGCCCGAAGAGUCGGAACUCUGGCGUUGAGGGAUAAUUGGGAGAUAAUCGGACACCUUGAGGAUUAUACGGCUCUGGGAGAAGAAGUCUGGGAAUACGUUGUGCCUUAUGAUGUUGAUGAGCCGGAUCCGGUUUUGUAUACAACGGUCGCGGGGUUCGGUGACUACGACAUCGCAUAUGAUGAUUUGGUUAAUGAUCGAGCUGCUAGUGGGACUUAG